AUGCGAUACAAGCCACGCGGAAGAGGGUUUGUUGACAUUGUUAUCUGCAAUGCAGCGGUUCUCUAUUUCGGGCGUAUCCUCGAUCUGACAACAUCACAGAUUCAGAAAUCGGUCAACGUCAAUGUUAUUGGUACCAUCAAUACGAUUCGGGCAUUCCUGCGUCCGAUGGAGCAACGCAAUGAGGGACAAAUUGUUGCCAUUUCGUCAAUUGCAGGUUUUUGUGGUGAAACGAAUGGAGUUGCCUAUUGGUCAGCUUUUAAUCCGGAUUUCCCCAGUCCGGAUUUCUAA